AUGCCACUCCAGCUCAUUGCCGCCGCCUACUUCGAAGGCCUCCCGUCGUGGUUUCCCGACCCGUAUCUGCUACUAAAAUGGGCCACGGGGCUCGGCACCGUCGCGCUGACCAAAUGGUACACCUCCGGACGCCGCAACCCGGCCGAGCGCAACAUGCACGGCCGCGUGGUGCUGAUGACGGGCGGGACCUCGGGAAUUGGCGCCGAGACAGCCUACGAGUUGGCGCGGCGCGGCGCCCAGCUCUGCCUGCUCACGCGCCAGCCGCCGUCCGACCCUUUCCUGGUCGAGUACAUCGACGACCUGCGCGCCAAGACCGGCAACCAGUUGAUCUACGCCGAGCAGGUCGACCUGGCCGAUUUGUACAGCAUCCGGCAGUUUGCGACGCGGUGGAUCGACAAUGCACCGCCGAGACGGUUGGACAUGGUGGUUCUGUGCGCGUCGACGCUGACGCCGCCCGGCGGGAAAAGGGCCGUGACGGCCGAGGGCGUGGAGAUGACCUGGAUGGUCAAUUUCUUGGCCAACUUUCACCUGCUGGGCAUCCUCAGCCCGGCGAUCCGCGCGCAGCCGUUUGAUCGGGAUGUGAGGAUUGUGGUGCCCACCUGCUCGAGCUACAUCGCGUCGCCGAAGCUGGAUUUGGAGGAUGUGAUGCAGGGUGGGAACGAUAAGGAUUGGACGCCGGGGAGGGCCUAUGCGAGGAGCAAGCUCGCCAUGAUGGUGUUCGCCAAAGCCUAUCAGAAGCAUUUGGAUGCGUAUAAGCGGCCGGAUACGCUACCCAUGAAUGCCAGGGUCGUGCUGGUCGAUCCAGGCUAUGCGCGCACGGCGGGCAUGAGAAGAUGGCUUACAAGAGGCGCGCUGUGGGGACUGCUGCUCUACGUGGUUCUCUACCUGUUUGCGUGGUUGCUCUUGAAGAGCCCCCAGAUGGCGGCCCAGUCAGUUCUCUACGCGACGAUGGAGGGCAGCCUAGGGAGAGGGCCGGGAGGCAGGCUGAUCAAGGAGUGCAUGGAGGUGGACUGCGCGAGGAAGGACGUGGAUGACGAAGACGUCGCUAAGAAGCUGUGGGAGUCGAGCGACAAGCUGAUUGAGCGGGUGGAGAAGGAGCUCGCUAUCAAGAGAGCCAAGGCGAAGAAGGAGCAGCAGAAGAGGGAAGAGGAGGCGAAGCAGGCCGCUCAGGUCGAGGAAAUCGAGGCACUCGUCGGCGCCAUCAAGAAGGGCAAGGCCAAGGCGACCAAGGAACCCAAGGAAGGCCAGAAGAAAAACGGCAAUAAGGCAAAAUCAACGGGAAAUGGUGCUAGACAGACGCAAACGCAGCAACUUCGCAAUUCAUCCUCCUGCCAUCCCGUCUUCUUUACAGACAAGCUGCGCCGGCCGCCAUUGGACGUCUUGUCAGGUCUACAUUCGAGUCCGGUUGCGCAUGGUUACGUCUACCGGGAUGCGCCCCGGGGCAGUGCGAAGUCGGCUGGUCCGCGGUUAUGA